GAAUCGUUUACUGAUUUAAAAUAGACAUGGACAGUAUCGAUUGAGGCUGAUGUUGUUGAACGUGCCAUUCUUACCCUGUUGUCAAUGCGAGGAUGCGUUAUGAAACAUGCGAAACAAAUGGUACAGCAGUGACAUUCCGCACCGCCACACGUACGCUCAUGCGAUCUCUGCAUUUGCUGGAGAGCAAUCCUACAGCGCUUCAAUGAACACAACUGAUACGUUUAAAUGACAACCUUAGCGUAUGGACUUCUUUUCUACCACAUGGCCAGUUUUCUAUAUCGUACAUCAUCUAUCAUCCAUAAUUUUCACACUCAAGUAUGGUUUCCCGCACCCCUUCAGACACCUCUUGUCUCCGUCAGUUGCAUGGAUCAAGACCAAGCUCACUAUCAGAAUCUAAAAUUGAACCUAAUGAUCCAAAUCUCACAACCAUAAAAUAUCCUGCGGUGAGACAACGACUCACAGCCACCAACAGCGACCCCACAACUCUAGCCUCUACUGGUUCACCCAUCAGCAAGAUCGCCACCCGAUCGCACAGCCUAGUUGAUUCGGCUACCUGCAACACUCGUUUGAAUCGGUCUACUCGGUUCGUCUCUGAUCCGUUCCAAGAUCGAGAACGAAUUGCUGCAGAAGCAGUUCGAGUUCCCAGGGAAUCUAUUCCGCGAAAGCGUCAGCGGUCCGAUGGUAGUCCGGAUCCGGAUGUGGAUAAUUCAUCCACAUCAAGGUCUUCGGCUUCUCUAUCGACCCCCGAUACGAACAAAAGAACGACUCGACAAGUCCGUCAAGACAACAAUAGUCAUUCACCAGGCAUGACCCCGAAGACCGCCAGAUCUACCCACGAUAGCCUAUAUAGGGAGCUACGGAGAAAGUUGACUCCUACUGAUCAAAAAGGCUUCAUGUAUGUCUUGUGUGAUCCGCACAAUAAGAGAGGAGGCUACAAGAUUGGAUGGACGACUCGAGUAUUCAGAGAACGUAUCGUCGAACAUGAGAAGGGCUGCAACUUCACAGCUGAUAUAAUCCACGUCUCGGAUCACGAGAUUGAAAACUGUUCUCGCCUGGAAAAGCUUGUGCAUACUGAUCUGGAAAGCCAUUGCGUGCCGCUUCAUUGCGACAAACAUAAAUCGGUACACAAGGAAUGGUUUCAGGUUACUGAAGAGAUGGCAGUCGGGACCGUGAAGAAAUGGGAAAAAUUCAUGCAUCGAGAAAAACCAUAUGGCUGGAACAGACAGCUGAAGAUCGUAUGGGAGUACCUCCUCGAGACAAGAGCGCCUACAUCUCUCGAUGUACGUACAUUGGCACAUGAUGCUCGUCGAGAGCAUUGGGAGAGAAUAAUUGCGCCGCCAACAACGGACGACUACCUUCAGGCUUACCGAGCUCGCAUUCAACUGUUGCUGAAAAACCUCUUCUGCAACCUAUGCGAUACCUGGUUGUACGUACAGAAGUUCUUCUGGCCGAUUUCCAGCUUGAUCUACGGCAUGAUCACAUUAGUCUUGGCUCGAAACCUCCUGGCAUUCUAUGCGUUCGUCUUCGUGCUUGUAUGCGCCAGUGUACAUGUCAUGUCUCAUGUAACUCUGAGUCCUCCAAAGCGAAAGUCUCGGACGCCUAAGAAGAUGAAUGCAGUAGCUAGUCCGCUGCAAGGGUAGACAGUGAAGAGGGAUGGGACAUCCCGCGCUUGAUGAAUGCCUUUUAGCCGCAAUUCAGCAGUCAUGAUUGCUUUUGAGAUAAAUGCCGAAAGUAGGAUCUUGAACC